AUGGACGGCGGAUCCUCCACACCGGCGAUCCCCCAACGGACGGCGGCCGCGUCCGCGGCGGAGAUGGAGGAGUACCGGAACUGGAAGAAGAACGCGGCGGUGCUUUACGACCUCGUCAUCUCCCACCCGCUCGAGUGGCCGUCGCUCACCGUGCAGUGGCUCCCAUCGGAGUCCUCGGCCCGCAGACACCGGCUCGUCGUGGGCACUCACACCUCCGACGAGGCCCCCAACAACCUCAUGGUCUUGGACGCGGUGCUACCGCUCCCACCUCGCCUCUCUGCAGCCGCCGCUGCCUCGGGCGGCGCCGUCCCGUCCCCGUCCGUGUCCGUCUCCCGCGUGGCGCCACACCGUGGCGAGGUCAACCGCGCGCGCUGCAUGCCGCAGCGUUCCUAUACGGUGGCCACCAAAACGUGCGUCGACGAGGUGCACGUGUACCAUCUCGGCGAUGGCGACGGCAGCGGGAAGAGCGGCGCCGAUGUUGUGCUCAGGGGGCAUGAGGCGGAGGGUUAUGGCUUGUCAUGGAGCCCGAUGAAGGAGGGGUGGCUGCUGAGCGGCUCGUAUGAUAAGAAGAUUUGCUUGUGGGAUCUCUCCUCUGGGAGUGGAGCUCCUGUUCUGGAUGCACAACAGGUGUUUGAGGCUCAUGAGGAUCUCGUUGAAGAUGUUGCUUGGCACCUGAAGGAUGAAAAUAUAUUUGGAUCUGUUGGGGAUGACUGCAAGUUGAUGAUGUGGGACUUGCGUACAAACAAACCCGAACAAUCUAUUGCUGCGCAUCAAAAGGAGGUCAACUCUUUGUCAUUCAAUCCAUUCAAUGAAUGGAUAUUGGCUACAGCAUCUGGAGACGCAACUAUCAAACUAUUUGACAUGCGAAAACUAUCAAGAAGCUUGCAUACUUUCGACAGUCAUGAGGCGGAGGUGUUUCAGGUUGAAUGGAAUCCAAAUUUGGCUACUGUAUUAGCUUCAUCUGCCGCAGACAAGAGAGUGAUGAUAUGGGAUAUUAAUAGGAUUGGCGAUGAGCAGUCAGAGGAGGAUGCAGACGACGGACCACCGGAGCUGCUGUUCGUCCAUGGAGGCCACACAGCCAAGAUAUCAGAACUGUCGUGGAAUCCUUGCGAGAAAUGGGUCAUUGCCAGCGUAGCUGAAGAUAACAUCCUGCAGAUCUGGGAGAUGGCAGAAAGCAUCUACUGUGAUGACCUCUCCAUGCAGGUUAACUGA